AUGAGGCAGAAAAAAAGAGAAAGGGCAGGAGGCGAGCACGCGCGGAGGACUGGAGACUACAGCCCCCACAAUGCCUCGCGGCGCCUCCCCGGGCGUCAGUCUCCUGGGCAACCGCUAAACAAGAUGGCGACCUCCAGAAGCGAUCCCCAGAAGGCGGGAGCAGCCUCUCCCCGGGGAGGCAUGGGCAGUUCACGAACUAGAGCCCAGUCGAUCCUGUUGUGCUCAGAAAAGGCGCGUUCGGCUUGCUGGUCUUCUUUUCCCGUGGGAAAAAGUACGUUCAACAGAGCCUCGUCCUACCUGCUCCAGCAGCUCAUUCACCGCGGCCGGGAGUCGGACGCGGACGGAGACGAGGACCAGGGCGAGGGCAAGGCGGCGUCGGAAGAGUCCUCAGAGUCCGAAGAGUCCGAAAUGGUGAAUUUGGAGGAGGAAUUUGAUGGGGUCCUAAGAGAGGAGGCCGUGGCCAAGGCACUCCACCAGUUGGGGCGCUCAGGUCCUGGGACUGAGCAGGUUUACCUCAGUCUAACUUUAUCAGGUUGUGAUUUAAUUGACAUUAGCAUUCUCUGUGGAUAUGUUCACCUACAGAAGUUGGAUCUUUCGGUAAAUAAAAUUGAAGAUUUGUCUUGUGUGAGUUAUAUGCCUUAUCUUCUAGAACUUAAUGCUUCUCAAAAUAAACUGACUACAUUCUUCAAUUUCAAGCCACCCAAAAAUCUCAAGAAGGUGGAUUUUUCCUGCAACCGAAUUUCUGAAAUGUGUGAUUUGUCACCAUACCAUGCUCUCACUAAACUAAUUUUGGACAGCAACGAGAUAGAAGAAAUCAGUGGACUAGAGAUGUGUGGCAAUUUAACUCACCUUAGUUUGGCCAACAACAAGAUCACAGCAAUUAAUGGCUUAAACACGUUACCAAUCAGAAUACUUUGCCUGAGCAAUAACCAGAUUGAGAAGAUCACAGGUUUAGAGGAUCUGCAAGUCUUGCAGAACCUGGAUCUGUCCCACAAUCAGAUAAGUAGCCUCAAAGGCUUAGAGAAUCAUGACCUCCUGGAAGUUAUCAACCUAGAGGAUAAUAAGAUUGCUGAGCUGAGUGAAAUAGAAUACAUUGAAAACCUACCUAUCCUUCGAAUUCUCAGUCUUCUAAGAAAUCCAAUUCAGGAAAAAUCUGAAUAUUGGUUCUUCGUAAUUUUUAUGCUACUGCGAUUAACAGAAUUAGAUCAGAAGAAGAUUAAAGUGGAAGAAAAGGUGGAGGCAGUGAAUAAAUAUGACCCCCCUCCUGAAGUGGUUGCGGCUCAAGAUCACCUGACUCAUGUUUGCAAUAGCGUGAUGCAGCCGCAGCGGAUCUUUGACAGCACUCUUCCCAGUCUGGAUGCCCCUUAUCCUAUGUUGAUAUUAGCUGGUCCUCAAGCUUGUGGUAAACGAGAACUUGCCCACCGCCUCUGCAGACAGUUUAGUACUUACUUCAGAUACGGGUAA